GAUUUGACGCCUUACACCCACUCCUGAUCCAACGAUGGCCGAGGAAGGGUGCACGGUUAAGAUGGAUAGCUUUGUAAUGAUAGAAAUAAAGGAAUACGUGCCCUUUCCAAGUAGAGCAUUUCUGCUGGAGGUGUAAUGGAUGUAAACACUGCACUACAAGAGGUGCUUAAGACUGCUCUAAUACACGAUGGCCUCGCUCGAGGAAUUCGUGAAGCUGCCAAAGCUCUUGACAAGCGCCAAGCUCACCUGUGUGUUUUGGCUUCCAACUGUGACGAGCCAAUGUAUGUCAAGUUAGUUGAAGCCCUUUGUGCUGAGCACCAGAUCAAUCUUAUAAAGGUUGAUGACAACAAGAAACUUGGUGAAUGGGUUGGUCUCUGCAAAAUUGAUAGAGAAGGAAAACCCCGGAAAGUGGUUGGCUGCAGUUGUGUAGUUGUCAAGGAUUAUGGUAAGGAGUCUCAGGCAAAAGAUGUCAUAGAAGAAUACUUCAAGAUCAAGAAAUAAACAUCUUAAAUUACAAAGCUCAAACGGUUCACUCAGGAAAUCAGCCAAAUAGCCGAGCUUGCUGCAAAGUGUUUUAUUCACGACAUGUCCCACACUUAGUCACCUCUACAGAUUUGAUCUUAAAUAAAAUAAUUGAGCCUGA